GAUACAAUAUGUCGUUGUUCCGAGUCUGCUCCUGGUGGUCGGCACAGUGUCCGGAUACUUUACAAAGUUAUCAUGCACAAAAUAUUACUGUUUGUAGAUUCGGGUUACAGGAAAAUGAAAAGGAUUAUAUUGUAGUGACAUCAACUCUUGGAUAUUUAAGCAUAUUCUACCCUGCAAAAUCGACCACUGGGGGACGUACUUCUUCCGACUUGGUCUUAGAGUUAAAAUUGAGUUCUCCAAUUCUUGGUGUUGCUGCUGGAAACUUUGGCAGUUUAACUAAAGGAAAUGCAAACCAGUCCCAGUUAGCAGUGUUACAUCCGUUGGGGUUAUCCAUCUAUAGCUUAUUGCAUACCAAUGGUAUGAGUGAACAUGGUUCGCAAUCAGUACUGCAAUUAACUGCGAAAAAUGUACUACCCAAGUGGAGCUUUUCAAUUUGUACAGGCCAUUUUGGUGGAGUCAAAGAGAAGGAAUUUAUAUGCGUGACCCAUUUAGACGGAAGUUUAACUUUUUUCGAACAAGAUGGAAUACAUUAUAAUUGUAUUUUAAGUGGAGAAACUUCAAUGCCACUUCCAGUAAUUUACGAUUCUAGUAGUGAUGCCUUCUUAAGAGUGAAUUCUUAUUGGGAGCUCGAAAGUUUCAAGUAUCAGGAUGUGUCGGAAUCAGAACCAUCUUCUGCUGUGAACCCCUCGUGGACGCUCUGUAUAGGAGAAUUGCCCAUUCAAAUACAAACAGUUCGAGUGAACAGUUCUAGGACUGACAUUAUGAUAUUAGGUGAACACAACUUAGUCAAUGUCUCUGAUGAAGGAAAGCUGUUGUUUAUCCGAAAAUUGAACUUCACACCUGUAUGCUUUCAUUCAUUCGUGCUUGGAUGGUAUUGGGAUUCACAUGCUCGUCUUAUUAAUGUAGUUAUUUCCGAUGGAGCCAUGUUAUUCAUUUAUGAAAACACGACAUUAAUUUGGACUGCACAAUUAGAAAACAAACCAAUUGCUAUUAUUCGUUCUAAUGUUUACGGCCUAGCAGGAGGACUCGUCAUGCUUGAUUCCAAGGGACUACUUACUAUCGAUUUCCUUGGAUCAGAACCUUUCGCGUUUGGAGUACAAACCAUAAAAUAUGAAAGCGUAUACUUGGAAAACAUUCAGGAAGAACUGGGGGCACUUGAGAAUGAAAUAAAGAAGAGUAUUUAUUUAAGUGAAACGAAAGUUAUCAAUACACAGACGGAAAAAUACGUUGAUAUUAAUAUAACUGAAGAAGAAAAAUUAACACUUAAUGCCUCUUCAAAUUACGUCCAGAACCCCACCUGUUUGUUGAGGAUUAACUACAAAGUAAAUGCAAACAUAGAUCAGCUACAGUUUACAUUCAGCGCUGUGGAAGGAAUUAAUUGUAACCAAAAAGUUGCGACCUAUAAAGAUAUUUUAUCUGGAUUCACUAAAAAAAUUGAGGUGGAGCUCAGUUAUAUCGGAAAUUGUGAAACACACAGUACGAAAUUGGAAAUUAUAGUUUCAUUCAUUGACAAGUAUAACAUACCAAGGGUGUUCACAAAAUGCCAUUUCCUGCCAUUUGAUUUAUUCUAUAAGCUGAUUCCUUCGAAUCACAAUUUCACCGAGAAUUUGAUGAUCUCCUUAAGCUUUCCGGCAAAAGUGAAUUUACCAGGAAUCAUAGAAUGGUUUGAUAAAAACCAAAAAAGUACAGCCGAAGUUGACUCAAAAUGGAUUUUUCAAAAUAUUCACAGCGGAAAUUGCUUUCAAAUAUCUACACCAAAAAUUAAUAAUAUCAGGUAAAUAAUUAGUAAUCAAUCAAUUUUUGAAGGCCAUAGGCAUAGUAUAAUGAUGUUUUUCACGUACUAUAAUUAUCUAGUUCCUAGAUUUUUCAUUUAAAAAGUGCAUAAGAAAGUUCAGAGAUUGUAAAAGUGACUUUUAGCAACCUUUUAGAGACUACCAACCGAGAGUUUCAUGCCUUAAAUUUCGCUCGAAAAUAUUAUUAAAAUAAUUAAAAUCCAUUAUCUAAAUGGUUGAUCUCAUAAAACUACAUUUCAUAAAAUGGUAGCACAUUUUGGUCAUAACGAUUGUCUAUCUGAAAGCAAGAUUGCAAAUUUAGUGCUCAAAUUUUAAUCCAGUGCAGAGCACGCAAUCUAAAUAUAAUCUUACAACGCAUAUAGACCGAUUUUCCCAAUUUAGUCGUCAGAAUCAUUUUAUAGUGUAUUUUGACUUCAAAUCAAAUAUUUGUUUGGAAUUCUUCUUGUAAAGCUACCAUUUAUUUCCCGGCCAAAAAAGAAAAAUUAAUAUUUAAAAAUAAAUUGAACAAGUCGGAAUACUGGAAGUUGAACACUUCGAGUAUAAAAGAUUUGUAUGAUGCGUCAUACUAGAAAGUUUGGUUGAAAUUCUACUAUUAAUAUCAAAGUUAUAGUAGGUCAAAGUAGUAGCUUCUGCGUCAAAUUGGUACUCCGUAAAAGUAUAUACGGUAUAUUCAACAUAUAUACACACGUUACGAGCCACUUAUAAAACCUUUCUUUACUGAAACGCCAAACAUUCGGUUUCCCAGCUUGUUUAGCAUAAGAGGGGUAAGUUUCUCAUCUGCAUUUGCAAUUGCUGUUUGGAUCCCCGACAUUUCUGUGUUAAAUCUUUGAAAUGGUAGGUGAAGGUUGUAGGUGCUGAGAAAAUGGCCGCAAAGUGGAGAAAUCUUUUGAGAAACUUUAAACCCUCGUAUCACCGUUAAUAUUGAGAAUUUCAAAAAAAGGAGUUUAAUUCGCGAUCACUUUUCGGGUUUGUGACAUUUUUGUGUUUCCUUAAAAGUGGGUCCUCAUUUUCAUUAUGAUCUUGUCGUGAAUAUUGCCUAUAUCAAUCAGAUCUCGUCCGCCUUCUUUUCUUGAAAGCGCCAUGCGUUCUACACAGCGUUUGUAUUUCGUAAAAAGUGCGAAUUUUUCUUUGCAAAUAAUAAAUAUCAGUUUUCGUUCUUUAGAUGAUCCCCAUGCUAUAGGUAAGAGCUGUUAAGGCGUAACUAUCAUAUAUUUGAUUUCUUAUAUCAAGCCCGGAAAUUAAUGUCAGAUGCAAACUUCUUUGAGCUCACUGCUGACUUCUUUUUUUAUCGUCGCCUUAUCUCUCCGGUUAUUUUGAAGCAUUCCCGGAUAUUUGUAUCACUCAUCAGUUUGCAUUCUUUGCAUAUUGGGUGGUACCUCAUUUCCUGUCCC